CGUCGAGAUUGGUGAGAGUGUGCGAGGAGAAGAUGUCUACAUCAUCCAGAGCGGCUGUGGGGAAAUUAACGACAACCUGAUGGAGCUGCUCAUCAUGAUCAAUGCCUGCAAGAUCGCCUCGUCAUCCAGGGUGACUGCCGUGAUCCCAUGUUUUCCUUACGCCCGGCAAGAUAAAAAGGACAAGAGCCGUGCUCCAAUUUCUGCGAAGCUCGUGGCCAAUAUGCUCUCAGUCGCCGGGGCAGAUCACAUCAUCACCAUGGACCUGCACGCCUCUCAGAUACAGGGUUUCUUUGAUAUUCCUGUGGAUAAUUUGUACGCAGAGCCUGCAGUCCUGCAGUGGAUUCGAGAAAACAUUGUGGAGUGGAAGAACUGCAUCAUUGUCUCGCCUGACGCUGGGGGAGCGAAAAGGGUCACAUCAAUUGCAGACAGGCUAAAUGUGGAAUUUGCUUUGAUUCACAAGGAGAGAAAGAAAGCAAAUGAAGUGGACCGGAUGGUUCUAGUGGGCGAUGUUAAGGACCGUGUGGCUAUCCUCGUGGAUGACAUGGCCGACACAUGUGGCACUAUCUGCCACGCUGCGGACAAGUUACUCUCUGCUGGAGCCACCAAAGUUUAUGCUAUCCUUACCCAUGGGAUCUUCUCUGGGCCAGCUAUUUCCAGAAUAAAUAAUGCUGCCUUUGAAGCUGUUGUUGUUACCAACACCAUCCCUCAAGAGGAUAAAAUGAAACACUGCUCCAAGAUUCAGGUGAUUGACAUUUCAAUGAUCCUGGCUGAGGCGAUCCGCAGGACCCACAAUGGUGAAUCCGUGUCGUAUCUGUUCAGUCACGUCCCACUAUAAACCCGGAAUCUGAAGUGGAAAGCAAGAUGACUCUGACGUCUCACUUGAUUUUGUUUGCCUAGUUUUUUAGCUUUAGGACUCAGCAAUGAUAAGAUAAUCACUGGCAAAAGCAUCAGGUCUUUGUACUGAGAUUCAUUGUUUCUCUUUAUAAAGCUCAAGAUCACUUAUUUCCAGUUUUAAGGGGGAUGGUGGUGGUUAUUUGGUGUUUAAGUAAACUAUCUUAAGUGAGAAACGUUUUUGUCAAUUUGACUUGUUAGGUGACCUUUUCCUUUGUUCUGUUAGUACUUUGAGGCAGCAACUUUUACGUAUAUAAUUCCAUUGUGGAAGCUGAUAGUUUAUAUAUUUUGAGGUUGCCAAAGGUGACUUCAGAUUAAAGCCUUCUGUAUAAAUGUAUAAUGAUAAUGCCUAUGGACAUUUGGGUAAAACCCUGUAUAGAAUUAGCCCUUCCAAGUGAACCCUAGAAAAUUUUUAAUACCAUAAAUUUUGAUUUUUCUUUUUUUUCUUUUUUUUGGCAACUCACUUUCAAAUAAACUACCUUGAUUAUUAUGCUUAAUUUGGACCAAAUUAUAUUUAGCUUCAGAUGACCACUGGCACUUUUUUUUUUAUAAACAUUAGAUGUAUCAGAGGCAAUGUAGUUCUGUCAUUUUUUACUACCACUUAUGAAACAUAACUAUCACUUUCCUGAAAUGCCAUAUCUUAAAAUUCUGAAAUUAUGUUCAGCAAUCAUGUUGAUCUAGAAAUCACUUUGAGAUAGUCGCUGAGCUCACUGUCACAUUGGUGCUCUCCUCUGACCAUCUCAGACAGACAGGCCUUUGAAAUGCACCCCAUAUCCCAUCAUCUUGUUCGUUUACAUACUGUUAGCUAUAGCUUUCACUUUGUAAUUUUCCCCAAUAAUUCAUGUUGCAGAUUCCCACCAAAAUAAUGACUCCCUUCAGUCCCCUCACAUUUUCUAGUCUUAUCAUUAUUUUGCUCUUGACAUAAAAAGGUAACUUUUUAUGAAUGCCACCAACUGUGUAGUUAAGCAUUAUUUCAUUAAUUAUGAUUAAAUGUUCUUUCGCCCUUUGUAAUCAGAAGUAAAAGUCUUAAGCACCUGAUUACUUUAACCAAAGCUAUUACAUUAAAAAAUGUAGGUAGGAGAGGCCUAUGAAAAAAUAUAAGUAAACAGAGGUUGUUCCAUGAAGAUCAUGUUGAAAGGUGACUCAGUGGUGGUGGAGGGGAAAGGCACUGAGGAAAGACUUCUCCAAGGGUUGGCUGGUUGCAGCAGCCCCCUAACUCUGUGAAUUUUAUUACAUGCACAUAGGUGAACAACCAGCUGAAUUCUUUGGCCCCCACAGAAGAGAACUUGCCUACAUAGACAAAGCCUAAAAAUAAUAAACGGCAACCUCUCCCUUCUGCUGAGUCUUAAAAUUAGUAGAAAAUGAAUUCUCUGAUCUAAAUUCCACAGGCAAAAAAGCAAAUCUUAUGUAGGUCAUUAUCAGACUUGAACAGCAAUCUUUAGGAUUUCAAACUUCACUAGAGCAUAAGCUGAAUUGAAGUCAGAAAGUAUUCUAAUUGUUGCAGAAACUAGCAUUUUGAUGUACCUUGAAAUGGCUUUUGAGAAAAAUGUAACUUGGUAAAGUAAGCUGUGCAGUACAGAUUGACUAUAUCUAGAAAGAAUUGACUUGAGAUGUGUAAAGAGCUUAUUUUCAUGCAAUGUGAUUUUUAUCUUUGAUAAGUGUGUGACAUCUGUAUUUUUGGGAAUGUCUAUGCCUGUAUGAAAUGAAGAUAUAGUUGUAAACACACAUACGUAGACAGCCUGACAUACAAUGUGUCAGUUUAGACAUCCCGACAUGACUAAAGCUCGUUGAUUUAAAAGUAAUCAUUUCAUCUGUUAUAGUCUAAGGUGUAUAGAGCUAGUUUUAAAAUAAUGAUCUUCAGAUAAAAACACAUGCACUGUCUUUCUUUGAGUUAAGAACUAAUGAUUUCUAUCAUUAUGUAGCCCUCCUUUUUUAUUGUAAAGUACUUCUGAACACAUUCAUUAACUAAUAGGCUGGAUUUAGCUAUACACAGUGGAAAUUCAUACCUUAACUAUUUGAUAGUUUCAGUUCAACCAAAGGGACAAUGAUGGCCUCAUGAGUAGCUUACUUCCAGAACUUACACAUUCCUUGCUGCUCAUAGUGUGGAAACUGAAGUGAGACCCCAAAUCUAUCAGUCCUGUCCAACUCUACUGAACUAUCUAGCAAAAAGGGGAGUCAGAGAAAUAUGAAUAUACCAAAGUUGUUGAGCCUCCAACUUAUACUAGUCAACUUAAAGAUAUUCAUGUGGAAACUUUGCUUCUUAGAUACAGUGCCAGCUAGAUUCAGGAAUAUAUAAUUUGCAGUGCUUGCAUUGGUUUAGAAUUUAGGAUUCAAAGAUCCUUCAGCAUUGUACUAGAACAUUUCAAUAAAAUCAUACUGACUACUA